AUGUUAUUUGAGAAACUACUUACAGCUGCUGAGGAUGGAGAUGUAAAAGAUGUGAAAAUAUGCCUUGAGAAUAAAGUAGACAUUGAUUAUCAUGAUGAGUUUGGACAGACAGCAUUAAUGUUGGCUGCCGGUGGAGGACACCUGGAGAUCUGUAGAAUCCUCAUUGAUACAGGAUGUAAGAUCGACAUCACAGGAGUUUAUGGAGUGACAGCAUUAAUGAAGGCUGCCUUGAAUGGACACCUGGAGGUCUGUAGACUCCUCAUUGAUAGAGGAUGUAAGAUCGACAUCACAGAUACAGGGUUUGGAUGGACAGCAUUAAUCUGGGCUGCCAGGGGAGGACGCCUGGAGGUCUGUAGACUCCUCAUUGAUACAGGAUGUAAGAUCAACAUCACAAAUAAUGAAUGA